AGGAGCUGCCGCCGCUGCCGCUCCUUCUCCUCCUCCUCCUCCUGCUCCCGGGAGGUAGGUUUGGCCGGCGGAGGGCAAUUUCCGGGCUCCCGGGCUCGGGGGAGCGAGCAGAUCGAGGCAGAGUUAAAAGCCGCGGCCAUCUGAGGAGCUUCUUUCUUCUGGUAUCACUAACGGGCCCUUUACCAUGAGCAAUUCUACUCCAGCUACAGCUAAUGGGAAUGACAACAAGAAAUUUAAAGGUGAUAGAACUCCCUGCUCCCCUUCUCGUGUUCUUCAUCUUCGCAAAAUUCCAAAUGAUGUCACUGAAACCGAGGUCAUUUCACUAGGUUUACCGUUUGGCAAAGUCACUAAUCUUUUGAUGCUGAAAGGAAAAAGCCAGGCUUUCUUGGAAAUGGCUUCUGAGGAAGCUGCUGUUACUAUGGUGAACUACUACACUCCUGUGACUCCUCACCUCCGCAGUCAACCUGUGUUUAUUCAGUAUUCCAAUCACAGAGAACUUAAGACUGACAAUCUACCUAAUCAAGCUCGGGCCCAGGCUGCUCUGCAAGCAGUGAAUGCUGUGCAAUCUGGAAGUCUCCCCACCCUCACUGCAGCUCCUGCUGGCGAUAGUGGAUUACUUCCGGGGCAGAGCUCUGUUCUCCGAAUAAUUGUUGAAAACCUCUUCUAUCCUGUCACUUUGGAAGUGCUGUAUCAGAUAUUCUUCAAGUUUGGAACUGUCUUGAAGAUUAUCACCUUCACAAAGAACAAUCAGUUUCAGGCUCUGCUUCAGUUCGCUGAUCCGAUGAAUGCACAUUAUGCCAAAAUGGCUCUGGACGGGCAGAAUAUUUACAAUGCAUGUUGCACUCUGAGAAUUGAUUUUUCCAAGUUAACUAGCCUUAAUGUGAAGUAUAACAAUGACAAAAGCAGAGACUUCACUCGCCUUGACCUUCCUUCUGGUGAUGGCCAGCCAGCCCUUGACCCUACCAUGGCUGCUGCUUUUGGUGCACCAGGUAUAAUUUCUUCACCCUAUGCAGGAGCUGCUGGAUUUGCCCCAGCCAUUGGCUUUCCUCAAGCUGCAGGUCUUACUGUACCUGCUGUUCCUGGAGCUCUUGGGCCGCUUACAAUCACCACUUCAGCUGUUACUGGACGAAUGGCCGUUCCUGGAGUUGCUGGUGUACCAGGAAAUUCCGUUCUGCUGGUUAGCAACCUCAAUUCUGAAGCUAUCACCCCCCAAGGACUUUUUAUCCUAUUUGGGGUAUACGGUGACGUGCACCGGGUGAAGAUCAUGUUCAACAAGAAAGAAAAUGCCUUGGUUCAAAUGGCAGAUGCAAAUCAAGCUCAACUAGCCAUGAACCAUCUAAGCGGGCAGAGGCUUUAUGGAAAGGUGCUUCGUGCUACUCUAUCCAGGCAUCAGUCAGUUCAGCUUCCUCGGGAGGGACAAGAAGACCAAGGUCUGACUAAGGAUUACAGCAACAGUCCUUUGCAUCGCUUUAAGAAGCCUGGUUCUAAGAACUUUCAGAACAUCUUCCCUCCAUCUGCCACUCUGCAUCUUUCCAACAUCCCACCGUCAGUUACCGUUGAUGAUCUGAAGAACCUUUUUGCAGAUGCUGGAUGUACAGUGAAGGCCUUCAAAUUUUUCCAGAAAGAUCGCAAAAUGGCACUCAUCCAGCUGGGAUCUGUGGAAGAAGCAAUCCAGGCCCUUAUCGAGCUUCAUAAUCAUGACCUUGGAGAAAAUCACCACCUUAGAGUCUCCUUUUCAAAAUCUACAAUCUGAAUUUUCUGUGAACUUUGCUUUUAAGACUGGACCACAGUUUCAAUAAAACCUUCAGACACAGACUGAAGCAGUUUAAGACCAAUUCUGCCUCUCUCACAAAAAAUAACUCAUGCUGAGUAUGAUGUUCAAGUGUAUUCACACAGUAAAGAAUUAAAGGGAUAAUUUUUUUCCAUUUUUUUCCCUGUCAGCAUGCAGUCAAAGGUUCAUUAUUUCUCCACACUAUGGUUUUGGUGGAAUUAGACCUUAAAAUAGAAAUAUUUUUUCAAACUCCCUAGAAAGAAUUUUGUUUGAGUUUUUGGUCUAAAUCAACCUUACACACAUUUCUAAGCCUCAUUAGAUUAUAGUUCAAAAACUGAUGGUGUUUUCGUAAUAUUUUGGGGGUGGUAAAUAUAUUUAAGUUGAAAAAUUUAGCCGCUUUUAGAUGUCUCAACAUAAUAAACCCUAGUUCACACAA